AGGCUGCUCCUGGCCCCAGGACACUCUGUGCGGCGGCUGCGCAACCUUGACGGGCGGCAGCUCCGGCCCCCACGCUCACCCGUCCCCUCUGCCUGCAGUGCAUGAGGCUGCGGCGUCGCCGAGAGCCCCCGAGCGCCCGCGCCGACGCCGCAGGCGGCAGGAGCCAUGUCGGGGUCCUACGAGGAGCCGGCGGCGGCCGCCGAGGAGACAACCGACAGCUUCUGGGAGGUGGGCAACUACAAGCGCACGGUGAAGCGCAUCGACGACGGGCACCGGCUCUGCAAUGACCUCAUGAACUGCGUGCACGAGAGGGCCAAGAUCGAGAAGUCCUACGCCCAGCAGCUCACCGACUGGUCCAAGAGGUGGAGGCAGCUCAUUGAGAAAGGCCCGCAGUACGGCAGCAUGGAGAAGGCGUGGGUGGCCAUCAUGACAGAGGCGGACAAGGUGAGCGAGCUGCACCAGGAGGUGAAGAACAGCCUGCUCAACGACGACUUCGAGAAGGUCAAGAACUGGCAGAAGGACGCCUACCACAAGCAGAUCAUGGGAGGCUUCAAGGAGGCCAAGGAGGCCGAGGACGGCUUCCGGAAAGCGCAGAAACCUUGGGCCAAGAAGCUCAAGGAGCUGGAGACGGCCAAGAAGGCCUACCACCUGGCCUGCAAGGAGGAGAAGCUGGCCGUGACCCGCGAAGCCAACAGCAAGGCAGAGCAGUCCAACACCCCCGAGCAGCAGAAGAAGCUCCAGGACAAGGUGGAAAAGUGCAAGCAAGACGUGCAGAAGGCUCAGGAGAAGUAUGAGAAGGUUCUGGAUGAGCUGAACAAGUGCACCCCACAGUACAUCGAGAGCAUGGAGCAGGUCUUCGAGCAGUGCCAGCAGUUUGAGGAGAAGAGGCUCAACUUCCUCAAGGAGGUGCUGCUGGACAUCAAGAGGCACCUGAACCUGGCGGAGAGCAGCAGCUACGCCAGCGUGUACCGGGAGCUGGAGCAGACCAUCCGCCUCUCGGACGCGCAGGAGGAUCUCCGGUGGUUCCGCAGCAGCAGCGGCCCAGGGAUGCCCAUGAACUGGCCCCAGUUCGAGGAGUGGAACCCGGACCUGACGCACACGAUAACGCGGAAAGAGAAGCAGAAGAAGGGCGAGGGGGUGACGCUGACCAACGCCGGCGGCGGUGACACGGGGGCACAGGGAGGGGAGCGCGGGAGCGUGAGCAGCCACGACCGUGGCCAGACCUACAGCGCGGAGUGGUCCGAUGAUGAAGGCAGCAACUCCUUCAAUGCCAGCGAGGCCAACGGGGGCACCAAUCCCUUCGACGAGGAGUCGUCGGCGAAGGGCGUGCGGGUGCGGGCGCUGUAUGACUACGACGGGCAGGAGCAGGACGAGCUCAGCUUCAAAGCAGGUGAUGAACUAACCAAACUAGGUGAAGAAGAUGAGCAGGGAUGGUGCAAAGGGCGCUUGGACAACGGGCAGCUAGGUCUCUACCCAGCCAACUACGUGGAGGCUAUCUAAGUCUUGUGGUGUUCUCCUCGUUGCCGUCAGCAGAUAAAUCCACCCUCCGUUGUCUCCAUCUCUCCACCAGCCAACCAGCCAUUUCACCGUCUGGUCGUUCACUCCUCACAGUUAGAGAUUCAGACAUAUUUUCCGAUCAAGCUUUUAUUUUUUUAAGAGUUGUCUCUGAAGAGUAUUUUGCAUAGUUGCUUUUUUUCUUCUUCUUCUAAGAUAAUGUGAAGCGAAAGAUGACGUCCGUUCUUCUGCUUUGGUUGGUUUUCCAAGGGAAAAGCCAACACCUCAAGAUCUUAAGGCCCAACCAGUGAGAGCUUCUGACUGGUUGGUUUUUAAAGAUACUGAAAUCAAGAGCCACCUUCUGAUUGGCUUGAACUGAUCCGAAACGCACAGCGCUCCUGGGACCAAUCAAAUUUGCACCCCAGAAAUGAGAGGAAAUGGAGUUUUACUCCCUUUAUUUAUUGGUGUUCCCAAGUUCUCCCCAGUUCAUCCCUCCCUCCCCAAGGGAAGG